AAAACUUGCUAAUAGAUACAACACACGCACUUUCCCUAUGCACACUGCGCACGCGAGUCGCACUCUCAUAUCUGCCGCUCAUCAAAAUCUUUCUCAUUUUACUCCGAGAAAGCCUGCUGUUUCUCUUUCUUGCGGCUCCGUUCAACUGAAUCCAAGUCCGACACUCAGAGUCCGAGUUCGGAAGGUAAGCGCCCUGAGCAGCAUGUCGACGAUCUCCGCCGAAGAUGAAGCCAAGUUUGGGUUCUCGCGGCAGGAAAUGUACAAAGAAAACUUGUCGGGGACUGUGGAUUCCUACGACCGCCACGUGUUCCUCUCUUACAAAGGACCAGAUGCGUGGCUCCCGCGUGUCGAGGAGUCCCAAGAGGAUCCUCUUCCUAAGCUGCUUGCCUCCGCUAUUAAAGCUCGCAAAAACGACAUCACUGUCAAGACGAAGGUUACGAUAUGUGGUGGAGGCGAAGGAAGUGAAGGGGAUGUGCUGAUUUUCCCCGAAAUGAUCAAGUACAAGGGUUUGAAGGACUCAGAUGUAGAAAGCUUUGUUGAUGAUGUUCUUGUCAACGGAAAACCAUGGGCUUCUGGAGUGCAGGAGGCAAUGACUGGAUCAUAUGUUUUUGUAUGUGCUCAUGGUAGUCGAGAUAAGAGAUGCGGUGUUUGUGGCCCAGCUCUAAUUGAAAAGCUUAAUGAGGAGAUUGAGAUGCGAGGACUGAAGGAUCAAAUCUUUGUCAGUCCAUGCUCCCAUAUUGGAGGGCACAAGUAUGCUGGAAACUUGAUCAUCUACAGUCCUGAUUCAGAAGGGAAAAUUAUGGGUCAUUGGUAUGGCUAUGUUACUCCUGAUGAUGUUCCUGCAAUGCUUGAUCAACAUAUUGCAAAGGGAGAAAUAAUAGAACGUCUUUGGAGGGGCCAACUGGGGGCAUCUAAGGAAGAAGAUCGGAAAGUCAAAGAAGAAAAGCUUCCCAAUGGUAAAGAAGCUGAGAAAAGCAAGAAACAUGAAGCUAACAACACUCAAGUCAAGGAAAAUGUGGGUGGUUGUUGCCAGGGUGCCAAUGGCUUUUCAUGCUGCAUGAAUGGAAGUGUGGAUGAGAAAGGGACGGAGAUCAAAGCACCAAGCAAAUUGUCAAGUUGGAUAGGAUCACUGGAGCAAAGGGACGUCCUUACAGCAACUGCAGUGAUUGGGGCAGUUGCAACUAUCGCAAUUGCUUAUAGCUAUUAUAGAAGGUCAGGCUGAAAAAUGCCGAGUAAUCCAGUUAGAUCUGUUUGCUUGUGGGUGUGUGAACCCAUUGUGUAGGCAACCGCAAUAGUGUUGAUGAAAUAAUCCUACGAAUUACUUUUCUUAGGAGGAUGAUGCAAUAUAUAUGUUAUUGGGGUGGACACGAAUAGCCUCCUUUUAGAAGGUUCAUGGAUGAAGUAUGACUCAAUCCCUUCACUUAUGUUGAUUGCUUCAGAAAUUAGAAUGCCAUUACUAUUGAUUUUUGGCAAA